AACGUUUGAACGCUGCACCGCCCUGCGCCAUGCCCUUCAGCCCAGUGCUCCGAGGAGAAAGCAUACGACGUGGGCCCCGGCAGUGGUCGUGGUGGUUUUCUUUAUAGUUGGCGGUCUGAGGCUAAGCCUCAAGUAGGAACGGCAUCAUCAUGAUGAGCGGACGGCCGGGCCGAGUGCCCUUAAAGUUCCUGCCGGAUGAGGCCCGGAGCCUGCCCCCGCCCAAGCUGAACGACCCAAGGCUCGCCUACCUCGGCUUCUUGGGCUACUGCUCCGGCCUGCUUGAUAACGCGAUCCGGCGGAGGCCGGUGAUGACGGCGGGGUUGCAUCGCCAGCUUCUUUAUGUUACUUCCUUCGUUUUUAUUGGAUAUUACUUUUUAAAACGUCAAGACUAUAUGUAUGCUGUGAGAGACCAUGACAUGUUUGCAUAUGUCAAAUCACAUCCAGAGGAUUUUCCUGAAAAAGAUAAGAAAGUUUAUGGUGAAAUUCUUGAAGAAUUCCAUCCAGUGCGUUGAUGUCUCCAUAAUGCUUGUUCCGGUUUCACUGUUACCGGUUAUUUCUGAAUUUUAUGGGACGUGUUUUCGUGAUAUCUGAAGUUUAUGUUAAUCUGUAUGUUAACAGCUAUGUGAUUAAAAUGGUUACCACGAGCA